UUGGUUUGAAACUCUAUAUAAAUGAUAGUAUGUCUUUUAACAAGUUGCAUUUGCUAUUAGACAAAGAUGAGAAAGAGAGAGAUGGGGAGAAUUUUGGCACUCAUUUCUUUGUUUCUUCUCUAUGUUGCCCUGGCAGUUCAAGUGUUUUCUUUUUCCUUUGGGCAUUCACUUUGCUCUUCACAUGAUUCCAUUGCACUUCUACAGUUUAAGCAAUCACUUGCCGUGGCGGACUAUCCACUUUUAAAUUAUUAUGACUUCUUUUGCCCAUAUUCUUAUCCUAAGACGACGUCUUGGAAUAGGAGUAGUAUGGAUUGUUGUAGGUGGGAUGGAGUUACCUGUGAUAGAUUCACUGGUCAUGUGAUUGGUUUGGACUUGAGUUGUAGCAAACUUGAAGGAACUAUCCAUCCCAAUAGUAGCCUUUUCCAGCUUCGUCAUCUUCAAACGCUCGAUCUUUCCCUUAACAACUUUUCGUUAUCUCAUAUUCCACGGGGCAUAGGUCAGUUGGUCAGUUUGAUGCAUCUCAACCUUUCUUAUAGUAUGUUCGAAGGAGGGAUUCCAUUAGAAAUCUCACACCUGUCCAAUUUGGUUUCGCUUGAUCUUUCUUAUCUCUUCCAUCUCCAGUUUAGCCAGGAAGGAUUCAACAUGCUCUCUCGAAACUUAACCAAGUUAGAGGUACUUUCUCUUUCUUUAGUAAACAUCUCAUCCAAGAUUCCCAUGAAUGUAUCAUCCUCUUCUUCUUUGAGAUAUCUAGAUCUUGGAUAUGGCUUGCACGGCGAGUUUCCAAAAAGCAUUUUCCUUCUACCCAAUUUGGAAACUCUCAGAUUGUCAGGAAAUUAUGAUCUUACUGUUUCUUUCCCCAAGUUUAACUGGAGCAGUAGCUAUAUGCUAACUGAGCUAGAUCUCUCUCACAAUAAUAUUUCUGGAGGACUACCUGGUACACUUGGAAGUCUCAAAGCCUUAAAACUUAUGAAUCUUCAUUGGUGCAACCUCGUCGGACCUAUUCCCGAAUCCAUCAGGAACCUUUCACAAAUCACUCAACUGGAUCUUUCAUACAACCAUUUGGAGAGCAAAAUUCCUGAUGCUUUUUCCAACUUGCAAAAGCUUACAUUCUUAGCACUGGAUGGCAACGCCUUCACUGGCCUGUUCCCAUCUUCCCUUGUCAACUUGACAAAGCUUGAAGAUUUGGGAUUGAGUGACAAUUCACUCAGUGGUCCACUUCCUUUAACUGCUAACAGGCUUCAAAAUCUAUAUCGACUAGUUUUGUCUAAUAACUCACUCAACGGCUCAAUCCCGUCUUGGAUGCUUAGUCUUCCUUCAUUGAUUGAGUUACGUCUGGAGAGCAAUCAUCUCAGUGGACCACUUCCUGAGUUUAAGUCCAUUGGGAACUUGAAUUCACUUCUGCUGCUGAAUUUAUCUCACAACAACCUCACUGGACAUAUUCCUGUUGAAAUGAAGAAAAUGAGCACGCUUGAAGUUUUGGACCUUUCAUUUAACCAGCUUACUGGGAAAAUUCCAGAGGAAUUGACAAGUCUAACAUUUCUUGCAGUUUUAAAUCUGUCGCACAACCAUCUUGUUGGACCUAUUCCUCAUAGUAAUCAGUUCAAUACGUUUCCAGAUGAUUCCUAUUUUGGAAACAGUGAUUUGUGUGGAUUUCCAUUGUCAAAUGAAUGUGGGCAUCAUAAGAGUGCAUCAGUACCAGAAUUAUUGGUUGAACAAGAAGAAGAUGAGCCCAGUUUUCUUACUGAAAUGACAUGGAAAUCUGUCUUAAUUGGGUAUGGUUGUGGCUUGAUAUUUGGAUUUACCGUCCUGUAUCUCAUAUACUGUUUUGAAAGGCCAAGAUGGUUCGUAGACUUUUUUGCAACUAUCACUAAUGAACUGACAUACAGAACAAAGAGGAGAGGUCAAAGACGUAGGAACUUUCACAGAAGAAGACACUAAAAUCUAUGAGAUGGCAAUCAGAAAGUGUCAAGAAGCAAGAGAGAGGGAUCGAAAGGCCACUAGGGUGUGGCUUGAGAAAAUAGUGGUAUUAGUAUAAUUCUGCAAUAUGUGCAAAGAAUAAGACAAUGCAGAUCACUGUUACAGCUUGUUUGGAUAAUUGUUAUGUAUAAUGUGUCGUAUAAUAUUGUAUAGCAAUCUACAAUAUCAUUUUGAUGUAUACAAUGUUUGGAUAUAUUGUAUUGUUUAUCGUCU